AUGGAAGAACUGCAAGAAGAAACUGUUGAAAACAACGACAAUAAUGACGAAAUUGGGACUUUUAAAGAAUUGGGAAUAAAUGAAGAAUUGUGCAGUGCUUGUGAACGUAUUGGUUGGAAAAAACCUAUGCCUAUACAACAAAAGGUUAUUCCGAUUGCCUUAAAGGGAAGAGAUGUAAUUGGAUUGGCAGAAACUGGGUGCGAGGUUUUUUAGAUUUUGGGGUGAUUUUUUGGAGUGAUUCUUACAAGUCUAGGAA